GGCCGGUAUAAAGCGCCGUGACCCUCAGGUGACGCACCAGGGCUGGCUGCCGUCGGGGACAGGGCUUUCCAUAGCCAUGGCCCAGCAGUGGAGCCUCCAAAGGCUCGCAGGCCGCCAUCCGCAGGACAGCUAUGAGGACAGCACCCAGUCCAGCAUCUUCACCUACACCAACAGCAACUCCACCAGAGCCCCCUUCGAAGGCCCGAAUUACCACAUCGCUCCCAGAUGGGUGUACCACCUCACCAGUGUCUGGAUGAUCUUUGUGGUCAUCGCAUCCGUCUUCACAAAUGGGCUUGUGCUGGCGGCCACCAUGAAGUUCAAGAAGCUGCGCCACCCGCUGAACUGGAUCCUGGUGAACCUGGCGAUCGCUGACCUAGCAGAGACCGUCAUCGCCAGCACUAUUAGCGUUGUGAACCAGAUCUAUGGCUACUUCGUGCUGGGCCACCCUAUGUGUGUCCUGGAGGGCUACACCGUCUCCCUGUGUGGGAUCACAGGUCUCUGGUCCCUGGCCAUCAUUUCCUGGGAGAGAUGGAUGGUGGUCUGCAAGCCCUUUGGCAACGUGAGAUUUGAUGCCAAGCUGGCCAUCGUGGGCAUCGUCUUCUCCUGGGUCUGGGCUGCUGUGUGGACGGCCCCGCCCAUCUUUGGUUGGAGCAGGUACUGGCCCCAUGGCCUGAAGACUUCAUGCGGCCCAGACGUGUUCAGCGGCAGCUCGUACCCCGGGGUGCAGUCUUACAUGAUUGUCCUCAUGGUCACCUGCUGCAUCACCCCACUCAGCAUCAUCGUGCUCUGCUACCUCCAAGUGUGGCUGGCCAUCCGAGCGGUGGCAAAGCAGCAGAAAGAGUCUGAAUCCACCCAGAAGGCAGAGAAGGAAGUGACACGCAUGGUGGUGGUGAUGGUCCUGGCAUUCUGCUUCUGCUGGGGACCAUACGCCUUCUUCGCAUGCUUUGCUGCUGCCAACCCUGGCUACCCCUUCCACCCUUUGAUGGCUGCCCUGCCAGCAUUCUUUGCCAAAAGUGCCACUAUCUACAACCCUGUUAUCUAUGUCUUUAUGAACCGGCAGUUUCGAAACUGCAUCUUGCAGCUUUUUGGGAAGAAGGUUGACGAUGGCUCUGAACUCUCCAGCGCCUCCAAAACGGAGGUCUCAUCUGUGUCCUCCGUAUCGCCUGCAUGAGGUCUGCCUCCUACCCAUCCCGCCCAUCGGGGCUUUGGCCACCUCUCCUUUCCCCCUCCUUCUCCAUCCCUGUGAAAUAAAUGUAAUUUAUCUUUGCCAAAACCAA